AACUCAACUUUUCAACUUUAGCUUUCCACUUCAGGAGAAUGGCUAGUCUACUAUGGCUUGCUCACUUUCUCUGCUUCCUUUUGUUUCACUUGCAUUUCCGAGCUGCUUCUUCUUCACCUUUUUCUUUCAAUUCCUCCUCUCCAGCCAUGCCGUGUCAACAUGACCAGAGUCUUGCCUUGCUCCAAUUCAAGAAAACCUUUUCCAUUAGAAGUAAUGCCUCUCCCUGGGUUUUCCCUUACCCCAAGCCUUAUCCAAAGACAGGGUCUUGGAAAGAGGACACGGAUUGCUGCUGGUGGGAUGGGGUCACUUGCGACAUAGAAACGGGUAAUGUAAUUGGCCUUAACCUUUCUUCUAGCUUGCUCUAUGGUACCAUUCAUUCUAAUAAUACUCUUUUCUUCCUUCCUCAUCUCCAAAAGCUUGACCUCUCUAACAAUCGUUUCAACCGCUCUCAAAUUGUACCUCAGUUCGGCCAAUUUUUGAAUUUAACAUAUCUUAACCUAAAUUACUCUGUUUUUGAGGGCCAAAUUCCACUAGAAAUUUCUUAUCUGCCUGCUUUGGUUUCGCUUGAUCUUUCUAAGAACCCUUAUUUGAUACUUGAAACGUUUAUCUUUAACGAGCUUGUUCAAAACCUGACCCAGUUACAGCAAUUGGACUUGAGUGAAAUAAACAUGUCCUUGGUCGGGUCUAGUUCCUUGAUGAAUUUGUCUUCUUCUUUGACAUCUCUCAAACUCAGCGAAUGCCAAUUGCAAGGGAAAUUCCCAGAUAUCAGUCAUCUAUCCAAAUUGGUUUUAUUGGACCUCUCCUAUAACAAUUUUAGUGGUGAGAUUCCAUCCUCAUUGGAAAAUUUUAAACAGCUUGAUACUUUAUACCUUGACAACAACAAUCUCAAUGGUCAAAUUCCAUCCUUACUCGGAAGCCUUAAGGAACUCUCCUCAUUGGACCUCUCCUAUAACAAUUUUAAUGGUGAGAUUCCCUCCUCAUUUGAAAACCUUAAACAGCUUCAAAUUUUGGACCUCCAAAACAACAAUCUUAGUGGUCAGAUUCCAUCCUCACUUGGAAGCCUUGGGGAACUCUAUUCAUUGCACCUCUCUUAUAACAAUUUUAGUGGUGAGAUUCCCUCCUCAUUUGGAAACCUUAAACAGCUUCAUACUUUGAACCUUUACAACAACAAUCUCAGUGAUCAAAUUCCAUCCUCACUUGGAAGCCUUGGGGAACUCUAUUCAUUGGACCUCUCUUAUAACAAUUUUAAUGGUGAGAUUCCCUCCUCAUUUGGAAACCUUAAACAGCUUCAUACUUUGAACCUUUACAACAACAAUCUCAGUGGUCAAAUCCCAUCCUCACUUGGAAGCCUUAAAGAACUCUCUUUAUUGGACCUCUCCUAUAACAAUUUUAAUGGUGAGAUUCCCUCCUCCUUUGAAAACCUUAAACAGCUUGAUAUUUUGUGGCUCAACAACAACAAUCUCAGUGGUCAAAUUUCAUCCUCACUUGGAAAAAGUUUAGUAUACCUCGAUUUAUCCAACAACUUGUUACAUGGCCGAAUUCCAAGUUCAAUUUUCAAACUUGUGAACUUGAGUGUUCUCAUUCUUUCAUCCAACAAAUUGAUAAGAGAAGUCUCUUCUGCAGUUUGCGAGUUAAAUUCUCUUGAAAUUCUUGACCUGUCAAACAAUAGUUUGAACGGAUUCAUGCCACAAUGUUUGGGAAAUUUCAGCAACAAUCUUUCAGUAUUGCACUUGGGCAUGAACAAAUUCCAUGGAACCAUCCUUGAAACGUUUUCUAUAGGCAGCAACUUGAGAUAUUUGAACUUCAAUGGUAACCAAUUGCAAGGUAGAAUCCCACCUUCCAUCUCCAAUUGUAUAAAUUUGGAAAUUUUAGAUCUCGGAAACAAUAGUAUAGAUGACACAUUCCCCCAUUUUCUGGAAACACUUUCGAAGCUACAAAUUCUAAUUCUAAAAUCCAAUAGAUUUCAUGGUUUGGUGAAAGGGACCUCUGCCAAUUAUUCAUUCUCAAAGCUGCGAAUUUUUGACCUCUCCAACAACACGUUUAGCGGACCUUUACCUGCGGAGUAUUUCAAUAAUUUCAAGGCAAUGAUAAUCUUUGAUUUGAAUAUGAAAUACAUGGGGGCACCAAAUUAUUCCUCUUAUGAUUAUUCUGUGAGUCUGACUCUCAAAGGCUUAGAGAUUGAGUUGGUGAAAAUCCAAACACUUCUUACAUCCAUUGAUUUGUCGGGCAAUAAAUUCACAGGGGAGAUCCCACAGUCAAUUGGAAAACUUAAAUCACUUAAGUUGCUCAACUUGUCUCACAAUCAACUCACAGGCAAUAUUCAAACAUCAUUGGGGAAUUUGAGCAAUUUGGAAUCAUUAGACCUCUCUUCAAAUCUUCUUGUUGGAAGGAUUCCAAUGCAAUUGACAUAUUUGACAUUUUUGGAAGUGUUUCGGGUUUCACAUAAUCAACUUGAAGGACCUAUACCCGAAGGAAAGCAGUUCAACACAUUUGAUAACACUUCAUAUGAAGGGAAUUUGGGAUUGUGUGGAUUUCCGCUAGAAAAAUGUGACAAUGGGGAGAGGCAACAACCAACAUCAUCAAAAGAAAUUGAUUCCAAGUCUAAAAAUGGAUUUGGAUGGAAAGCUGUAUUGGCAGGGUAUGGAUGUGGAGUAAUAUUUGGUGUUGUAAUGGGAUAUGUUGUGUUUAAAACAAGAAAACCUAUAUGGUUUGUGAGGAUGGUUGAAGGUGAAAGGCAUCGAAAGCUAAAAAGAUUUAGCAAUUGAUGUUCAAA